AUUACUAUAUCUUCAAUGAUUUAUAUUACAAAUGAACUGAUAUAUAAUAGGCAAUUAUUACCAAAUUUUAUGAAGGAUAUUAAUUUUGUAUUAAUGCCAAUUUUAAAUCCAGAUGGAUAUACUUAUUCACAAGAAAAAGAUAGAUUGUGGAGGAAAAAUCGUGUCAAAACUUCAAAGAAAGAAUGCAUAGGAAUUGAUUUAAACCGAAAUUGGAAUUAUGAUUGGAAUAAUACAAAUUCUGAUAAAGAUUGUUGUUCAGAUAGCUACAGAGGUAGUGCACCUAAUUCUGAGUUAGAAAUAAAAGCAAUUAUUCAGUAUUUCAAGAAAAAUUUAACAAGAAUAAAGGGAUAUAUAACUUUUCAUUCAUAUGGACAAAUUAUCAUGUAUCCUUGGGGAUACACCAAAGAAAAUUUAAAAGAUUAUAAUGAACUGCAUGACAUAGCUACAUCCAUGUCAUUAAAAAUAUUUGAAAAAACUUCAAACAUAUAUACAAAAGGUUCAGCAAGUUCAACAAUGUAUCAAGCAUCAGGUACAUCAAUUGAUUGGAUGAGAGGUAAAGCAAAUAUAAAAUAUGUAUUUGCAUUGGAAUUACGGGAUGGUGGUGAAAAUGGUUUUGAAUUAUCUACAAGUGAAAUAAUACCAACUGGUCAAGAAGCAUUCUGUGCUAUUAGUGUAUUAGCUAAACACAUUGUGUUAAAAUAUCAAUCAGGAAGUACAUUCUGCAGGCCUGUGUAUUCUAUUUUGUACACCAUAUUAUUUAUAAUUUAUACAUACACAUAACUUAAAAUAUAAA